AUGAUCGUCUGUUUGUCAAUUCGAAGCUGUCGUUGUUGCCUCCGCGAGUUUGGUGGAUCGUCUCGACCCUGAUGUGAUCAUUAACGCAGCAUCGAUCAUGGCAUCGGUGGUGAGGGUAAACGCUAACAAGGGUGCAGAAUUCCAUCAAUUCUACGAACCAAAACAUUUACGUUUUUGAGAGAGACAGAAAGAAGCAGUAAACAGGAAAAAGAAACUCGAAGCAUCUGUAGAGAUGACAGGAAACAUGGAAAUCUUUGCGUCGUUCGUGCUACUCGUUACAGAACUGACCCUCGGAGACGUACUUAAUAACCGAGACACUGCCGUAGUGUCUCCUGAUAUAUUAAAUCUUAAGGAUCCCUGCAAUCUAUGCGAGAACACACUUACUGGUUUUCCAAAUAGCAGCUACAUAAAGUCCUGCUGUCAACGAGGUUGCAGGUUUUUCAACCUGAUCGACUCACGUUACAAAUGGGAGGAAGAUCGUUUGAAUGGCACUAGGAACGCCUGCGAGGCUUCGUGUUCCGAGGCUUACAUAAAUCCGAAUGAUCGCUGUAUCUGCAAUAUUGGCUGUAAUUUCAUGGCCAAGCAACGAGUUUCAGAUCUGUUACCUCUGUUCACUAUCAUCACAUGUAUGGAAAAAAGUACAGACAUUUUACCUACGCCGCCCGACAUACCGGAAAAUGAUAUAUUAACUGAUCCUGGAUUACGCAAGGAACUACUUCCUAGAUGGUGGGAUGCUAAUGGCUUCAAAUUGCCACAGACUCAUGUUAAAACCAUACCAAUGGACGCCAGGACCGUGGAUUACACUCAAGCCUCUGAUUGUUCUGAAGAAAGUAAACAACUGGCAUCUACAUCUAAAUCUAAAACUUUUCAACGGGCAAUGAAAUUCUCUUUCGUUGAGUAUCUGUGUUUCAACUACAUUAUAGUUGCUUCAGCUUGUCCUUUCGUCGCCACAAUAGGGGUUGCAAUAUUGUCAUAUUAUAAGAAAGUACAGACGUUAUAUAAAUAUAAAUUUUAUAAAAAUAUCAACUUUUCGAAGGAUAUUAUAUUAUUCAUGCCAAAUGAAGUCGUAAUGUACAAAAUAUCUCCACCUAAACGUCAUGAUGAAUUAUCCAGUCGUUCCAUUUAAAUCACAUUUCUACUUUAUGCGAGAUGUGAUUGUAUCGUGUUUUAAAAGCCUUAGCAUAAUGUAAUAGUGCAAUGAUACAAAUGUUAAUUAUUGUAAACAUCUCUUUAUUUUCAA